AUUUGCCACCAGCGUCAUAUAAUAUUAAUAUAUUCGAAGUCCCAAUUAUAUAAGUCGAAGUAGCUCGUGAAACACCGCCGCUGACAUUCAUUCCGGCAUCAAUGGCUGCAGUCGCAGAGAGUUCUUCUGUUCCGGCAAAGGAAGACAAGCUCGUCGUUGUUAGGGUUAAGAGAAAAACUUUCCAGUCUCGACUUGACGCUUUCUGGCUUGAAAUCAAUGAGAGGCCAGCCAAACGACCAUUGCUCGACUUUGCAAAGCUUUCAAUCGAUGAAUCUUCAAGUAGAGUUGAGGAAUUGAAGAGCAGAAAGGUACUUGUGCAACAUGUGGAGACAGUAACUAGUUCAGAAGUCACUGUUGAUAUCGUGAAGUUUUUUGUGUCGGCUCCAGCAGAUUCUUCAGAAGUCGAAGAGAAAUCUGAUGCUAGGCGAAGUUUUAGGACAGAAAAGAAGCAAGAUCAACUACUUGCCAAGGCAAAGCAAAAGCAAGAGGAUUUGUCGAAAAAUGCCCGGUUUGAGCAAAUAUGGAAAAGCAGAAAAGAGAAGAGAAAACUAAUGCACAAUGAAGAGCUGAAUGAGAUGUGUCGACUAUAUGAUGUUAUUCGUGUUGAUACUGAAGAAAAAAGCCAUGAAGUGCAAGAGGAGACUACCGAGCUGGAAGAUCACAAGAUGAUGUCUCAAUAUUUGCCUCUUUUACGAGAAGUCAUGCCAAGUGCUGCUGAAGAAAUUGAGUCAGAGAUUCAUAAUUACGUCUCGAAACAAGCAUCUUCAGAUGGUUAUGUUUAUGACUAUUAUACUGUUAAGAAUGAUACCAACCCUGACGAGGAUAUUGCUAGCCCUUUUCCAUUGGUACAAGUUGAUGAAGAUGAUGAUUACUAUGACGGCCCUGAUCAUUCAGACUACGAAUCUGAUGAUUCCAAUGCUGAACAUAAUCCCUGGAAUGAUUAUCCGGAUGAAGAGGAAUCUGAAGAUGAGGAUGAAACCCAGGCAUCAAAUGACGAAUCAGAAGCUUCAAGCAGCACUUCUGAGGAACAAUAUGGAUCUGAAACUGUUGGUGUAAUUUCUUUUACAAAUGAGGAUGUGGGCCGUGAAGACUGGACAGAUUAUGCAGAUCCAAUCCUUGAAGGUGAUAUAUAUGGUGAGUCCGAUGUUGAAGCUUCCGAUGAUGAUGACAUAUGGUGAUCAUCAUUACAACACCAUGUUUAAAAUUUCUCAUCAGUACCUAUAUCGUGCAUACCUGUAUAUGUCUUUGCAGAUCAUAGUUAACCUUGCGUUGUGGGAUGACAUGUUGUUAUGUGUUUUGAACUUUGCUAAUUCUGCUAUCUGGGGUAGUGGUGAAUGGCAUGUUGUUAUGUCAUUGGGCAAAGAUCUUUUCCCGAGCUUUCGCGUUUCUAAAACUAAUUUUGCCAGUAUUGUAAAUCUCAGCCGGGUUUCCCUACCUCUAACUGUAGUCGUCUAGUUUAAUGAUUUAUGAUUAUGUCGUUGUUUUUCUGUGU